AUGGAUAGUGCUUCCUUGAAACUACUUGCAACUUCAGGAGCACUGGAUGAGAUUUCCAAUGCGGAUGAUGGCUCCAUGAUUGAGCGACGGAUUCUGUUGGUGGGUAGUCAGGGUGGGCUUGUGAAGGAUGGGGUGACGCAAAAGUCCGUGCUUUUCGUUAUAUAUCAGAGUGGGAGGUAUGGGCCUCAGAAUGGGUUUCGUGUUGCGCUGGUGCUGGAGGGGACGAGGAUGGAGGAAGCUAGGGAGAGGUUGAAAGGCGUGGUGGAGGAAGACUCGGAGGAGUUUAUUAUCACUAUCCUCUCCUCCAACGGCACUGACCUCACCCUCUCAAUCCCGAUCAUGCACUCCCACAUCCCACUCUCCACGCUUCAACGACGCUCCCCCGCCUCCGUCCCCAUCCGAGAUUGCCCCUUGGUCGACACAUACACGUCCAACUCCUGGUGCCACCACGAACAAUCCCCCCAAGAUUUCGGGACUUCUUGCAACGAGCCACCACAAGCGGGCCGGACGAACCCUCGACAGCGUACAUAUCUGGGCGGAGGCAAAUGCGCCAGUGAUGAGAUAUGCGUUGGAAGUAACGCUAAGGACCCGGGUAUCCCGCUCCAGGCAUACUGCGUUUCCACGGACAACUUCGUGCCCAUAGGCCACAGUCCGUCAAGUGGAAAUGGGCAGAACCUAGCUUCUACGGGGAUUGUUACGGCAAAUCUUAAUUCUGCUCUUUAUAAUAACAACGGGAGCCACUUGGGCGUUGAAGCCGUCGUCACGAGCGUCAACAAAGGGACGAGCUUAUCUGCAGCCAGUGUGGUGAUGCAAGCACAGACGUAUAACGGGGUAUGGCGCACGGUGACUAAUGGCCGCAAUUACUGCCUGAGGUGCUCGAGUGUGACUGUGGCACCUUUUCCGGCGACGGCGCAGAGGGUUAAGGUGGACGUGGUGUUGUCAGAGCUAAUCCCGACGGGUUUACUUUGGCUGGCGUCUUAUUCGUACUAG